CCAAGCAAACUAUUUACAAACGUUGCCAAGUGAUCGCUACUAUCGCUUACGACAUUCAAGGAACAGAUUUCUGAAACGUUGAAGGACUUAUCGGGUGGGGGGCUGCAACUUAUUAUUUAUACACAAAGAAACAUUUUAACGAAAUUAUUUAUUCUUAACUCUAAAAAGAGAAAGGCAUAUAUAUUUUUUCAGUCACACAAGGGACACAUAAUAUACGAUGGCAGCAGCACAACAGUUUUUAUCAACGCCUGCCAAACUCCCUAAGCAAUGGCAACCUAAGUUAAAUGAAUGGUCUGUGUACCACAGUAGUCAUCCAGAUGUUGCUCAGGCUGGUUGGAGAAAAUGGAGUGCCGAACAUCCAGACUGGUAUGCCAAACGAUCUACCUCAAGACACCCUGAUUGGUACAACAGACAAACUAAUACAACCAGAAGAGUGGAUUACAAAAAUAUAAUUUUCUUCAUUAUUUUUUCAGUGGAUUACAAAAAUAUAAACUGGCAUUAUGAGAGACCAUCAAAACCAACAAGCCGAGUACAUGAUGACUUUAUCCCUAACAAUAAUGAGGUCAUGCACAAAGCUGUACAGAGACCCAUGCCACAUAAUAAGGCCUACAUGGGAACAUUCUCUUAUCCUCGACCAUUCCCAAUGGAAAUACCACCACCAAAAUGGGGCUUAUACAACCCACCAAACUACGAGGAGCCAGCAAGAUUUGACCAUUUUCCACCUCUAAGAUAUAAUGGAUAUUAGCAAUAAUAACUGCCUAUAGAAAUUAGAAACUAGCAAAUUUACUAUGUAAUGCAAAUUAUAUUAUUCUGUCACUAUAUAGUAUAAGAUAUUACCUGUUUAACCUGAGAACUUUGAAGAGGAGUUAGGAAAUUUCUGUGCCAGUUUUAAGACAUUAUGAUCAUUAAGUGCUGUUUCAUACUGCCAUAUGCACUUAAAUUUGCUAAAUUUUGAAACUAUGAGUGGUAAAUGCACUUCAAAUUAAAAAAAAUUAUACAAAUUUUUGAAAAUUCUUCCUUAGAUUUUCUGCAUGUGAAAAAAAAUUAAAUUCCAAACUGAAAUGAUGAAAUAUUUGACAUACAUUUAACAUGUUUAAGUAACUUAACAAUUUUAAUGUUACAGAUACUUAGGUGUGAGACUGUGUGAACUUAUAUAAAAAUAACAUAUUAAAAUAAAACUAUGAUAUUUUAAUAUACACCAGUUUUUUGUUUACAUACAUUUUUAAAUUAUAAUGAGUUUUAGUUUUGACAACUUUUAAUUAUGUAUCUACAAUGUACUUACUCUUUAUGUGCAGUUUACAUUUUGCAUGUAGCCUAAAUUUCAGCUGGCUUGUAGAUUAUAUUUUUAUUAAUUUUUAUAUAACAUUCUUUUGAUCAUGCAUAAUUCACUUGACAAUGAAGAGAAGUGUAAUAUUAGUCUUUUUUCACAGUUUGGAAUCACAUAGUGAGUGUUAGAUCUUCACAGUUUUAAAUUUUCAUAUUCAUUAUACUAGAGAUAAAUUUUGAGAGCUUACAAUCACCGACAGCUAGUUAAAUGUUUAAUGCUGAUAUUUUUUGUGCAAAGGUAGAGAUAAAAUCUGGGGACACACUUAGAGGAGUUGUUAUAGUUGUGAUUUUCGACAUUAUGUUAUUUAUAAAAUGCAAUUACUAGGAACAGUGUCCUCAUUAUCUUUACCUUUUUCGAAACCUUAUAUUUUUUCGUCUCAACAAGCUUUAAGUUUCAUAUUAAUGUAGUGCCAUUUUUAUAAACAUAUAUAACUUUUUUCACUUAAAUUCUCUUUUAUUUUUAAUUUUUUUUUUUUUUACGUAAACCAAAUAUAUUAUCAAAAUUUAUACCAAUUCAAUGGUAAAAAUUUGAUUGCUUAUAUCAAAUUAUUUUGGCAUAUCUUGGAAGAAUUUGUUGGAAAUUAUUGUAAAGUAACAAGAGGUCUAUUAACAAAUUUCUAUGUUACUAAAAGUCUAUAGAUAAUCAAAAGUACUUGCAUAAUAUUUACAACAAGAAUAUAUCUGCAAUUGUCGUUGAAUAAUUGAACCAUGCUGUUUUGUAUACCUCUAUCUUUCUGAAACUUUGCUUUUUAUAUUAACUAUGUCUUUAUUUUUUAUGGCUUUCCUUUGUCUUUGUCCUGGUGAUAGGAGAAUGAAUGUGAUAAAACAUAUUGGACCAAAUUAAAUUGAUUAUUUUAUUUCAUUUUCGAAUCUAGAAUCUAGAUAUCAAUAAUGCCAGAGUUAUCUAAGGAUAUUACUAGAGUUUUACAUACAGUUAAACUGAUUAAAUGGUAUUUGGAAUUGUUUCUAAACAACAAAAAGCAGAGUCUUUAAUAACACUUGCCUUAUGACAACAUCAUAAUAAUUUUAAAGUAAUUACAUGUACAAGUUAGUAAGAAAGUUCUAUAUACGUGUCUUACUUAAACAUGUUAAAAGAUUUAACAUAAGAACUAUUUUUAUUAAACGUUUAUCAAGUAUGAAGUAUUAAUGGUUAGAUCAUAGCAUAUUAUGCAAGAAGUUUUUUUUGUUUCGUUGUCUGAGUAAGCUCAACACUAUUGCAAGUAUCAAAACAUUCAAAGCUAUAGAAAUAAUUCCAGUUAAAACUUUAAAAAAGUUAAUUUAAUAUGGUCCUAAUAUCAACCAUGAGUUUGAGGGGAAGGGGAAUAGAAGUUGAUUAGAUUUAACUUUAGAAGCUUUUGUUACAUAUUUAUUUUUAUUUGUUAAAUCAUUUUUGAUUCUUUGUACAAUUUUAAUCCUGAAAUAAACCAGUAUAGAAAUCUUA